CAUUCACAAUAAAACCUCUUUCUCAUUCCCAAUCUCCUCCUCUUUCUCUCCUUUCUUUCUCUCUCCUUCAACAGCAUCACUCUCUCUCUCUCUCUCUCCAACCUGGUCUUACUCCUUUGCAUCCAACCGGAGCCGUCGUUUCUCGCUUAAUCUCGUCGUCGGAGAGAGAAGAAAGAAGGAGACGGAGACGGAGAAGGAGACGUAUACGUAUACGGACGGAUACGGAGACUGUUUGAAGAUCAUGGCCCAGCCGUCCAAUGGAGCUGAUCUCAAUCCCCAGGCCCCCCACCCCCACCAACAAUGGUUUCAACAACAACAACAGUAUCAACAGCAAUGGAUGGCGAUGCAGUACCCCGCAGCCGCCAUGGCCAUGAUGCAUCAACAACAGAUGAUGAUGUACCCUCCUCAGCAUUACAUGACGUAUUCUCACCUUCCUUAUCAACAGCAGCCGCCGCCGUUGCAGCAGCAGCAGCAACAGCAAGCUCAGUCGCAGCGACCUCGCAGACAGGGGUCCACGGACGAGGUUAAGACGCUUUGGAUUGGUGAUCUUCAGCCUUGGAUGGACGAGACCUAUCUCCACAAUUGUUUCGCUCACAUCGGCGAGGUUUUCUCUGUUAAGGUUAUAUGCAAUAAGCAAACUGGUCAAUCUGAGGGCUAUGGAUUUGUUGAGUUCUAUUCGCAUGCAACAGCUGAUAAGGUAUUGCAGAAUUAUAAUGGAGCUAUAAUGCCUAACACAGAUCUGCCUUUUCGUCUCAAUUGGGCAACCUUUAGUGGAAGUGAUAGGCGACCGGACACUGGGUCUGACCUAUCUAUAUUUGUUGGUGAUUUGGCUGCUGAUGUAACUGAUGCUAUGCUGCAAGAAACUUUUUCUAGUAAAUACACAUCUGUUAAGGGAGCCAAGGUUGUUAUUGAUUCAAAUUCAGGUCGUUCAAAAGGUUACGGAUUUGUCAGGUUUGGUGAUGAAAGUGAAAGGACAAGGGCUGUCACUGAAAUGAAUGGGAUAUAUUGUUCAAGUAGACCCAUGCGCAUUGGUGUUGCAACACCAAAGAAAGCAUCUGGAUAUCAACAAGGUUAUUCAUCACAAGCUUUGGUAUUGGCUGGUGGACAUGCAAAUGGCAUGGCUGUUCAGGGUUCACAAUCAGAUGGUGAAUCGAACAACACGACUAUAUUUGUUGGUGGCCUUGAUUCUGAUGUUAGUGACGAAGAUCUCAGGCAACCUUUCUCUAAAUUUGGUGAGAUUGUCUCUGUGAAAAUCCCGAUUGGAAAAGGAUGUGGAUUUGUGCAAUUUGCCAACAGAAAGAAUGCUGAGGAUGCAAUACAGGGACUGAAUGGUACAGUUAUCGGCAAGCAAACUGUUCGUCUUUCUUGGGGUCGCAGUACAGGGAACAAGCAGUGGAGAGGUGAUUCUAAUAACCAAUGGAAUGGGGGACGUUAUGGAGGGCAAGGCUAUGGUGGCUAUGGUGGUUACUACUCUAUACCACAGCAUCAGGACGCAAACAUGCAUGCCGCAGCUGCCGCAGUCAAUGGGACAUCUUGAGAAGGACAUGGCCAUUGCCAUUGCCACCGUCAAACUAAAAUCUGAGCAUUCAAAACACAGAUCUAUUAGCUAUCAAUAUAUACAUUGACUUGGUAAUAGCGAGAACUUAUUUAAGUUGUGGUUAGCUGAAUCUUUAUUUGCUGAAUUAUAUGGCUUCAUAACAUUAUUAGUUACUGCCUUGCUCGAGUCA